GCAGCAGCGAUCAACCCCAGUCAUGGGCCAACGCAUGCUCCAGCAACAAAGCUCCUCACCAAUGACCCCUCAAGCGCAACUCCAGCAGCUCCAACCCCAACAGCAGCAACCCCAGCAGCAGCAGCAAGCGGCCGCCAUGGCCGCCAACGCCAACGCGCGAAACCAGAUGCUCCGCAGCCAGCACGCCGCCAAGCAGGCCCAGUUCGCGCAGAUGUCGCCUGCCGAGCAGCAGCAGCUCCGCAUGAGCCAGCUCGAGACGAUCCAGAAACACAUCGUCGGGUUUCACAACCAGGUUACAAAGUACGAGCAGCAGCUGUCUGCCAACCCGCAGAUCCAGGGCGAGGAGAGGGGAAAGAUCGAAAACGCAAUCAGGGAGUUGAACGGUAGACGCGAGCAUUAUAUCGCGACCGCGAAGGCUCUUGCCCAGCAGAUCAGACUGAAUGCCGCCCAGCAGCAACAGCAGCAGCAAAAUAUGAAUAUGGGGCAGCAGGCCGCGGUCCAGCAGCCAUCUCAGAUUGGUCAAAUCCCUGGCCAGAUGCAGCAGUCCAUGUCACAACAGACACAAGCGCAGCAAAAUCUCAACAACAUGCGCGCAGCCCAGUUCCAGCAGAACGCGCGCCGUCUGACUCCCCAGCAGCAACAGCAACAGCAACAGAUCAAGGCUCAAACCAUGCAGGCCAACCAAUCGCCAUACCAGAUGCAGCAAGGCAUUCAGCAACAGACACAGCAGAUCAUGCCCGGCCAGCAGCAGUUGACGCCCGCGCAGCAGGCCCUCGCGCGUCAGCAACUACAGCAGCAGCAGCAACUUCGCCAGCAACAGGAACAACAGCAACAGCAGCAGCAACAGCAACAACGACUUCAGGCCCAGGCCGCCGCUGCUCGCGCUGGCUCACCGCAAGCGGGAAUCCAGUCUCCGAUGAUGCAAGGCAACAAUCUCCCCGGCAACGUCGCCCGCGCGCAAGCCAUCCGCGCCGCUGCCGUCGCAGGCGGCUCACCCGCCGCCAACAUCAGUCCGCGCCCGCAACCCAACGCGAUCGGACAGGUGCAGAACGCAGCGCUCGGUAAAGUCGGGCCGCAGGGAUCACCUAUCGCGCGUCCGAUCGUGACUCCUCAGCGGAUGAUCAAUCAGCAACAGCAACAGCAGCAACAGCAGCAGCAGGCGGGUCUUCAAGGCCAGCAGCAGCUCCCAGCGCAAGCCAAGCUCGCAGGCGUCGCGCCCGUCGGCGGCAUGGGCAUCCAGCAGCAAGCAGCAGCAGCAGGUGCCGUAGGCGCGGCCGGCGCAGCAGCUGGAUCGGCAGUCGCAGGCGCGGGUGCCGCCGCCGCAGCAGCAGCAGCAGCAGCAGCAGGAGGAGCAGGACCGUCCGCGCGCCCGGUAGUCCCCCCGGCCCUCGGCGUGGGGCAAAACAUCAUAAACCCGACCGCGAGCAUGAUCCAGCACAUGCCGAUCCCCAACACGCUGUCGAUGAAGCAGCCCGUUCCCGCGGCGGUAAAACCCUCGCGGCCGUCGCUCACGGGCGGACACGCUGCUAGCUCGCCCGUGCUCGCGAGUCCCGCCAUCACGAAACCGCCGCCGUUCGAAUUAAACGGCGGGAGCGCGCGGGUGCUGUCGAAGCGCAAGCUAAGCGAGCUAGUCAAAGACAUCAUCGGCACCAGCACGACGACCGCGAACGGCGUGCAAACCAGCAACGACGACCGCGACGCCGCGAUCGACGGCGACGUCGAAGAGCUCCUUCUCGAUCUCGCGGACGAGUUCGUGACCUCGGUCGCGUCGUUCAGUUGCCGGCUCGCGAAGCACCGCAAGAGCACGACGCUCGACGUCAAGGACGUGCAGUUGCAUCUCGAGCGGAAUUGGAAUAUCAGAGUGCCCGGGUAUAACGCGGACGAGAUCCGGUCGGUGAGAAGGUGGAAUCCGACGCAGGCGUAUCUGCAGAAGUUGAAUGGGGUUAAUACCAGUAAAGCGAUUUCUGGCAAGUAAACGAAGCUAAGCUUCAUAGAGGAAGAUUACUUUCUUGAUGAUAAUGAAUAUCUGUUUUGUGAGCGACAGGAGAUGCACAGUGUAUAUUUAGUAUUUUUUUUGUUGUGUUGUUUUUUGAAUGUAUUUUUAUCGCUCAGUUCACUCGACGCGAU